UUCGCCUUCAAACCCAUUCUAGCGAGAUUUGAUCAUCGUUCUAGUUAUUUGUUUUGUUGCAACUUUCGCUGGUGUUUCCGAUUCUUAAACUGAAAAUGUCGUCUUGCUGUGGAGGAAACUGUGGGUGCGGAAGCGGCUGCAAGUGCGGCAACGGCUGUGGAGGCUGCAAGAUGUACCCAGAUUUGAGCUACACCGAGAGCAGCAGCACAACAGAGUCAUUGGUGAUGGGAGUAGCACCUGCCAAGGCCCAAUUCGAGGGUGCUGAAAUGGGUGUUCCAGCUGAGAACGAUGCCUGUAAGUGUGGGCCAAACUGCAGCUGCAACCCAUGCACCUGCAAGUGAAGAGCCCACACGCUCACACGCACAGCAGAAGCAGAGAUCCUUUUAGUUAAAUAAUAAUAAUAAUAAUAAUAAUCAUAAUAAUGAUAUCUAGUAGUGUUAUUAUGUGUAUGUGUUACUGGUUUUGUGUACACUCUUCUGGUGGAGUGUUUAAAGAAAAAACACUCCCCGUUUUGGAGUGCUUAGAAUAAAGUGGCCUGUGUCUUGCUGCAUCCUUGAACUUUAGCUUGGGUGUAUCUAGCCAUGGGUGCUUUGUUUCUUUGUUGCUUUCUUUGCUUUCUGUAUAAACUUCAGCUAAUCCUGAAUCGUCCAUCUCUGCUGGUUAAUGAAAUGAUAUUAAAGAAUUAUCGGAAGAA